AUGAAUCCCCACACUGUUGGCAAAAAGAGUUUCGCUUUAGUCCAUAAUAAGCUGGAUAAAGAUAAGGAGACAGUAUCAUCUAAGGAUCUCCUUGUGGUUACGAGAACAAGAAAACAUGGGCGUUUGUAUAAGGCUUUGAAUGAAGAUACUACUAGUAAAAUUGAUGCAGAAAUGGAGAAACAAAUGGAGGAACAAAAAAAAACUGUGCACCAGAAAGUUAUUGCAGAUGUAAUUGCACAACAUAAGCAUGCGGGAUUGAUUGAUCCUAAUGUACUGGCAGCACUAUCCAUUCCUUUACCAAGAGAAUCGACUUCUCUUCAAGGGGGUGAGUAA